GCUGGUGACAACAACCGCUGCCUCUCUGUCCGCUAAACUAGCAAACUGACGAAUUAAAAAGUCGAACUAACAUAUCUAUCGUAAACUUGACUUUUAUAAUUUGUAAUUAGUUGUGUGCCAUUGUCACCAGCAGGUCGGGUGGAUGUAUUUGUAACGGUUUCUUUGCAGGUUGGAUAGCUUGUUAGUCGACGCCUGAGAGCUAACUGCUAAGCUAGUUAGCUAAACGUUAGCUUCGGCUAAACCAGAAAAAUAAGCGUUAAUUCGUUCAUUUGCUGCGUUUCGUAUCGUUCAAUAUGAGUGAACAGCUGAAAUUCAUCGUUGAACAGCUUAACAAGGAUCCGUUCAAGAAGAGCUUUAACCUCAUCACGUUUGACUCCCUCGAACCGAUGCAGCUGCUGCAAAUAUUAAAUGAUGUUCUGGCUGAAAUAGACCCAAAGCAAGCUCUGGAUAUCCGUGAAGAAAUGCCUGAACAAACCAUAAAAAGAAUGUCUGCUCUGCUGGGGAUGCUGAAAUACAAACCUCCUGGUAACCUCUCUGAUGUGAGCAUCUUCAGACAAGGCUUGGUGGCUGGCAGAAAGCCCGUGGUCCACCCCAUCCUCCACUGGCUGCUACAGAGGCUCCCCGAACUGAAGAAGAGGGCCUACUUGGCUCGCUUUCUAGUCAAAUUGGAGGUGCCCCCAGACUUUCUGCAGGACGAUGUCAUCAACGACACCUCUCACCAGUAUGAAGAGCUGGUGGAAGGUUUUAAGACGUAUCACAAGGAGUGUGAGCUGCUGAGGACUUCUGGCUUCUCCACAGCAGAAAUCAGAAGGGACAUUAGUGCGAUGGAGGAUGAGAAAGACCAGCUCAUCAAACGUGUGGAGAGGCUGAAGAAGAGGGUGGAGUCGGUGUCCAACCAUCAACGGAUGCUGGAGCAGGCCAGACAGCUGCGAGUGGAGAACGAGAGAGAGGAGUCAUUGACUCACCAGAAGCAGGAACAGAAGAACCAACUGUUCCAGGCAGAGCAGAGACUGCAGAGGUCGCAUCAGCAGUUGAAGGAUUUGCGACAGGCAGCAGCAGAUGCCAAUCCAGAAAGCUUAAUGAAGAGGCUUGAAGAGGAGAUCAAGAUCAACUCCUACAUGGUCUCUGAGAAACUCCCCAAAGAGCUGGAGGGCACGAGGCGUACGGUGCAGUACCUGCAGAAAAUAGCGUCGGAGCCCGCCAUGGGCCAGGCCGAUCUCCAGGAGCUGGAGGACAAGAUUAAAGAAGUCGAUUCUCAGAUAAACCAGCUGAUUGAGAAGAGGAUGAUGAGAAGUAACCCCAUGGAUGACAAACUGACCCUUUACAGACAACAGGUCUCUAUCAUCAUUCGAAGGAAGGAAUCAAAGGCGGAGGAGCUUCAGGAGGCGAGGGAGGAGCUGGCCGUGGCAGAAAGGGAGCUGAAGCAGAGGAGCAGCCAGGCACAAGCCUCAGAAGGUGGAGAGGUCAUCCGGGGUGACGAGAUGAAACGUUUGGUGGUGAAAUUGCGCAGCAAGGGAACAGUGUACAAGAAGCAACGUCAGGAAAUUGCUGAGCUGAAAGCUGAAUAUGGAGUCCUGCAACGGACGGAGGAGAUUCUCAAGCAGAGACACGAGACCGUCCAACAGAAACUGCAAACUGUGGAAGCUGAGAAGGGCAUCUCUGGCUACAGUACCACUCAGGAGGAACUGGAGAGGGUGUCGGCCAUCAAGAGCGAGCUGGACGAGAAGAAGGGCCGCACCCUGGACGACAUGUCUGAAAUGGUGAAGCAAUUAAACUCUAUGAUAGUGGAGAAGAAGUCGGCUCUAGCACCCAUUAUAACAGAACUGAGGUCACUGAGGCAGCGGUGUCAGGAACUAAGCCAGGAAUAUGAGGACAAGAAGGCGCAGUAUGAAAGUUGCACUGCUGGUUUGGAGAGCAACAGGUCUAAAUUGGAGCAGGAGGUGAAAGCAUUGAUGGGGGAGACGGCACAGGAGGAAAACCGAUAUCAUUAUAUCAACUCCAUGUCUGAGAUCACUGAGAUGCAAAUACAGCGGGCGGCUGAAGAGAUGAAGGCCUACGUGUCCUCUGAUCCACAAGAGAGGAAGAAGGCCAUCAGGGAAGUGUACAUAAAGAACAUUUCAGAGCAGGAGUUACUUGGCAAGAAGCUACGUGAGAAGCAGAAGAUGGUGAGGGAGAGCCACAGCGAUAACAUGGAGCAGAUGAAGAUGUGGCGUGACCUGGAGCAGCUGAUGGAGUGCAAGAGGCAGUGCUUCAUACGAGCUCAGAGCCAGGCAUCUAUUGGUCAGGUGAUCCAGGAGGGAGGAGAGGAUAGGCUGGUGCUGUGAGGACCCGUCCAGGCGGGAGUCAACUGCAGGUCACCUACAGUACAUCGACUACACGGUUCAACUUCAUAUCCUAUUGGACACGAUAGCACAAGGUCUGUUUCAUUCUUCACGCGGUUCAUCUUUCCCUACAUCAGUCCGUUACACUCGGCCAGUCGAGUGUCCCGUUAUCUUGUGUAAGCACCACGCCGCUCAUUUGAGAGUCGACAGCUUAAGAACACGUGUAUCGGGAGGUGUCGCACGACUCACGUUUUCACCUUCUUUGGCCCCUGAAGACUCCAUUUUGCCAUAUCUUUUGAGAAUACCCUUUCAAUCAACGUGUCCGAAGAUAACAGCGUACAAAGUGGUGCACUCGGGAUGUGUCCGCGGUCAACUAUAUUUGGCAUCGACCACCAUCACCUUGGACAUGGUGUCUUGACAAUUUUUGAAUUCACGGGGGACCACCGUUACUUUAAACUGUGCUGAUGAAAUAAUCCUAUUAUUCUGCUUUUUACAUCAUAACAUACACCGUUGUUCUAUAAUAGAUUUUUAUUUCAAGAUAACUUUCUAUAUUUAAGACAUAUUAGUUUGGUUGUCUCUGUAUUUCUAUUAAAUGUAUAUUUAUAUCACUUUUGACUCAUUCAUUAUAAUAAAACAUGCAACAUUCCUGAUUAUGAUAAAGACAUAUUCACAUAGUUCAGUUUAAACAGAAUGAGUAAUACAGUGAAUACCUAAUACUAAUACUAAUAGAUCAUUUAUUUAUAGAAAUCAAGUGAUUUGAUGAUGAUUAAGAGCAUUAUGUUGCUAAGUUAUGUUAUGUUGCCUUUAUAUCAGGUUUAUAACAAACCAGAUGGAGUCUACAAGAAGGAAGCCAUUAAAUUGUCAAAACGAUAAGCUUUAACAAUGAUUACCUCAUAAAUCAAGUUUAACUACAUGUGGGACAGGAGGAAUUUGAGUUCCUGUACAGAAGUUUGAUUACUUUUUAAAUAAAGAAUACGGCACAAACUUCAAAGUCCAUACAGACUACGGUUCAAGGGCCUCGUAUUGUUCCCGACAAAUAUCUACAUGGAUGUUUCAGCCCCCCACCCCACACACACACACACACCCACAGAAACUUCAUCUGCUGUUGACAGCCUGUGUCAGGGGCUCUUGUGCCAAGCGGAUCAAGUGUGCAUUGUCAAAGGCAGCUUGAUGUCCAACUGGGCAGUGCCAUGUUAUUAUUUUUACAGCACCUUGUGCUUCUUGGAGCCCUAUUAAGACGUGUUAACAGACGAUUCACGCCAGUAAAGCAUCUGACAACUAUACGCCCUACAGAACAAUGGGGGGUCCAAAGUUGACCGAGUGCCCUCUCUCCUAUUAGGCAAACUAGCUCUUCCUUUUUUUAACCGUUGGUAUGCUGAUGUGGUCGACAUGUCCGGCUGGCUUUAUUGAUUGUUCCUGGUAAAGAAGACUUCCUUGAGUUAUGCACUGGUUUGUUUCAAAAUGUCCCACAGUUUUUGUCCUCAACUACUGUAAAUCCUUUGACUGCGACAGGCCUGAGACAUUGAUCUGUCGCCAAUUUUUCUGUUCUCUAUUCUGAGCAUGAACUCAUUCCUGCUAAAGGCAAACACGGGCCCCUAGUCAAGUGUAAAUGAGUUCGUAAUACAAUAAGACAUGGGGCCUCUGUAAUGGGAUGCCUGUAGUCUGGGAGAAUUUGUAACGUAGUCUGUGAAUCUAACAGGUUACACUUAACUGUGUGUGUGCAGUACUAUUAGCUACGAUAUUGAGAAAAGAAAAUGACAUAAGUGAGUGUGUGUGUGAGUUAAAGGUACAAACAGGAGCAGCCUGGCACACCUAAGUACAUGAACAUAGCACAUUAUUUCAAAAGCCCACAGCUGAUGGUGUUUUUCAUUUAGUAGUUAAUUUAACAUGCUAUAGUGCAGCUAAUUAUAACUAACAUGCAUAUAACACAUUAUAGUUACAUUCUAUUUUUUUGUUUGUUUUUGUUUUGUUUUUAUGUUUAUAAUUCUGUUCUCGCUCCUUUUACGGCAAUUGUGACAGA